CCAUGUGAAGCCCCAGUGACUCCCCCCCACACACACCAGCAGAGGGGGCUGAUUGCAGGAUCAGAGCCUUGUUGGGACAUUUCUCACCAAAGCCCCCAGGGCUGGAAUGUUACUGGUGAUCUGGCUCCAGCUCAGCAAACAGCCUGAGUCAGUUCCAGGAAGGGAAACACCCAAUUGCUGCUGCUGCAGGCGGGGCAUAUUUCUGAGCUCAGGAAAGGGAAACUAACCCUGUGACACUGUCCGGAGGGAGCCAUGGCCACGGACAACCCCGUGGAAAGUCUCCAGGAGGAAGCUACGUGCCCCAUCUGUCUGGAGUAUUUUAAGGACUCGGUGACUAUAGACUGUGGGCACAAUUUCUGCCGAGCCUGCAUCGCCCAGUGCUGGGAGGGAUCGAAUACAGACGUCUCCUGCCCUCAGUGCAGAGAAACUGUGCAACAGGGAAACCUCAGGCCGAACAGGAAGCUGGCAAAUGUUGUGGAAAUAGCCAAACGUCUGAGUUUACAGGCAGCAAAGGGAGCAGGAGAGGAGAGGGUGUGUGGGGAACACCAGGAGACUCUGAAACUUUUCUGUGAAGAGGAUCAAACUUCUGUCUGUGUGGUUUGCCAUCUGUCCCGGGCUCACAGAGAUCACAGGGUGGUUCCCAUAAAGGAGGCUGCCCAGGAGUACAAGGAGAAACUCCAGGGAGCCCUGGACCCUCUGAGGAAGGAGCUGGAAGAGGCCCUGGCUCUGAUGUCUGCAGAGGAGGAGGAGAUCACAGAGUGGCAGGGGAAAGUGAAGAAUAGGAGAGAGAUGAUUGCCGGUGAAUUUAACAAACUGCACACACUGCUGAGAGAGGAGGAGCAGCUGCUUCUGCAGAGCCUGGAGGAGGAGGAGAAGGAGACUCUGCAGAGACUACAGGAAAAUGUCACCAAACUCUCCCAGCAAAGCUCCUCUCUGCAGCAGCUGAUCACAGAGCUAGAGGAGAAGUGUCAGCAACCAGUUGUGGAGCUGCUAAAGGAUGUGAAAAGCACAUUGAGCAGGAGUGAGAAUGUGAACCUCCAGGAACCAGAAGCUGUUUCUACUGACCUGAAGAACGUGUAUAAAAUUUCCCUUGACAUGAGGGAAGCGCUGCAGAGAUUUGGAGGUGAGUGGAUUCUACUGGGACAUUCAGCUGUGUUGUGCCUGGGGCUCUGGACAGAGCCUGGGACCCCAGGACACGCAUGGGCCCAGCUGACAGGUUUGGAGCUGUGAUUGCUGGAGGCUGAUGCGCUGAGUGCUGGGCA